AAUAAUUUAUUAACAAUUAAUAAAGCUUAUUAAAUAUCAAAAAAUCCUUCUAUCAGUGUAGAUGGUUAAAGCCACGAUUCCACUUCAUGAUUUUUACAAUAAAAAUAAUUUUAUAUACGUGGAAUGUUUUUGUAAAGCAAUAAAGUAUUCUCAGCCACAAUUUUAGUUAAUACAAAAGAAAACGAUGUUCAAACUGCGGAAGGUGUUUGUACAAUGAAACGAAGCUGAGUAAAAAAAAAAAAUUACACCUCCCUACUUACAAUCGGCGCCGUGAUGGCGAAGACUACUUAUUUUUAGUUAAAAAGUCUACCAUUUGCUUUUAAAUAAUUCACGAGGGGGAUAAAAAGUGUAAGAGGUGUGAAACUAAACGGAUUUUAACAAAGCAUCUAUUUAUAGUGAUACAUUGUAUUCACUUUUUCGCGCCCACCUGACUUUACUUUAUUGCAAAAAGAAAAUAAACUUAAACGUUAAUAUUGAAUUUCAUUUACUGAAAAAUGAUGGGUGCGAACGUUGAAAUUCAUCGGAGGGUUAUAAAUAUUACUAUUCCAAUGUUGAGAUAUUGUGCAGUUUGGCCAUGCUCUGCAUCAACAUCUGCAGUCAUAAAAAUUAUUAACGGCUUGUACAUAAUUUUUAAUUUUGUGCUCCUUAUUCUUUACUUGAUAAGUCUGGCUUUUGACUUGUACUACAACUCUACAGAUAUGAAUGUCUAUGGUAACGACGGAUGCUACGUUUUAGGCACAGUCAUGAUUAUGUUUAAAGGAUACAAGUUCCGAAUGAUGUAUGAAAAACUUUCAACGCUCAUUGAUGAUGUCUAUGGUCCAAUCGACACAUUAAUAAGGACUUCAGAUCGAGGAAUGGUAGCUACCAUCAAACACAGUAUAUUUUUUGAAUUCAUCCAUUUCUCUGCAUUUUUGACUGGAUGUCUAUCACUUUCGUUCACCAUAAUCGUAUUGACACCUCGAGAAAAAGGGGAGCUCCCGAUUAGAGGAGUAUACCCUUUUAAUUCAACCGUAACGCCGUACAAUGAAAUGGCGCUGUUUUAUCAAUCUUACUGUGUAAUCUACUGUCUCCUAAUAAUAGUGGCGCUGGACAUAAUGAUAAUAGCCUUCAUUAGAUGGGUGACGGUUCAAAUGAAAGCAUUAACGGCGAAUUACAAAAAUUGCAAUUCUGAAACAGCGAAACGUGCGACUUUAAUUUCAGCAGCAGAAACAUUGAAAAUGAUUAAUGGAUUUCAGUCAUGGAAGAUAACUGAUGAUGAUUUAGAAAUACGGACAUUUUUGUCUUUUGAUAAGAGCGAGGCUGAAGAUAGUGAUGAUGGGUUUGUUUGGCGAUUCAAAACCUGUGUUAAACAUCAUCAGAGACUUUUGAAGCUCAUGCUUAAUCUUAAUGCUACUCUCAGUCCCUUUAUAUUGGUACAGUUUGGAAUCAGUACGUUGAUUAUAUGCGUGAGCGGUUUCCAAUGGAUUUCAAAUACAGGCAAUCACGGGAAUUUAAUUAAGUAUACAGUAUUUUUAGUAAUAUGCUUCGCUGAACUAUUAUUUUGGUGUUUUUAUGGCGACGCUUUUAAUUAUACCGCAGACGCUAUAACGCACAGCCAAUGGAUGUCUGGUUGGGAAGAUGAAUUUAACAAAAAAACAAAUUACAAUAUCAGUAACCUAUUGACGAUUCCGAUGAAUCAAUCGAUCAGACGCUUGGAAAUAAAAGCUUUCGGAAUGUUUUCUUUGUCCAUGCCGACAUUUCUUUCAGUUGUCAAAAGCUCGUAUUCUGUUUUAGUACUUAUGACCACAGCUACUGAAGAAGAAUAAAUGUCUUUUCUGAUUUUUGUUUAAUUUAAAAAAAGUUACGGGAUAAAACAUAAAAAAUCAUUCGAUAAU